UUCAAGAGUCCUCCAUGGUCCCGCGCUAUCCUGUUUAACGGACUGUGUAUUUGAUGAUGAAUUAAAAAAAAAACGGAAAAAAAAAGAAAAUAAAUCAGGAUUAUUCAAAAGAUACCCUGACGGUUUAGGGCGCCACAAUUUGCCCGCGAGAUAAGCUUCAGGACAAGAGUGAUAGAAAUUCAAUAAAUUUAAUUUAUUGACUAUUUCUUCAGCAACAAAGAACGUUCAGAUGUUUCGUAGAGGACGCUGCAGUUUCGAAACUGAAUGUCUACCUAACUUUACUGUUAAACGUCAACCUAAAAAGUUGUAAAUGUAUAAAUUAUAGCUGUUCGAAACAAAAACCAAUUUUUGAACAUGAUUUACAUAUAAAGUUAUUUAUAAAUUUUAAGUAAAAAUAUGCAGUAAAUUAUAAUGAACACUGCAACAUUUUGAUAAAACGUCAAAUUAGCUAAAGUUUGACCUAUUUUUCUUCAGUGACUAGUGCAUUCAACUACCAGCUGCUUCUGAGUACAGAUCAUGCUACAACAAGAUAUUUGAAUCAAACAUCGAUUAUGCCAGAUAGGAAUCAAAAAAUGGACAAUGAUGAGGAACAAAAAUGCAACAUUAAUGAACCUGGUACAUCUGCACCUUUAGAUUGUCAAUCUAAUUCUAAUCCUGAUAUAGAGGAAGAAAAUACAAAGGGGCAGAAGAUAUCAAAUUUUAUGAUAGGGGGUUUAGUAGGAGCAUCCCCACCAAAAUUUGUUACUCUUGAGGAAAUUAUAAAAGCUGCAAAUGGCAUGAAAAACAUGGCAUUGGCGCACGAAAUUGCGGUGGACAAAAAUUUUCAGUUACAGAAACUUGAACCAGAUGAUGGUACAUUUCACAGAAAAGUAAAAGAGAUUAUGCAUAAAGCAUUUUGGAACUUAUUAGCUGAACAACUAGCAGAAGAUCCUCCAAAUUAUACACAAGCAUUGGUCUUAUUACAAGAAAUUAAAGAGACAUUAGAUGAAUUAGUGUUGCCACAUCAUGCGAAAAUUCGAGAAAACUUAAAAGAAGUACUUGAUAUAGAUCUGAUCAAACAACAAGCAGAAAAGGGUGUUUUAGAUUUUCAUCAUUAUGCGCAAUACGUAAUUUCAAUAAUGAGUAAAGUUUGUGCACCGGUAAGAGACGAAAAGAUUAGAGAACUCGGUCAAAAGACAGAUGUUAUUGAAAUAUUUCGAGGCAUAAUGGACGUAUUACAAUUAAUGCGACUUGAUUUAGCGAAUUUCACUAUCACCAUGAUGAGACCAAAUAUAGUUGCUUCUAGUAUCGAAUACGAGAAAGCAAAAUUUGCUGAAUUUUUAAAAAUUAAUGGCAACGGUUUGCAAUACACUGAAAAAUGGAUAUUAAGUCAUUUUGAUCCAACAAAAGUUACAGGCAGUUCAUCUGAUAUUAAUGCUGUACGGCAGCUUACACAUUCUCUUUUAACCGAAGCAUAUCUUGAUCUUCUAGAGUGGGAUUUUAAUCCAGAUGCAGAAACUUUAAUGCUGGACCAAGGUCGAUUAUUAGAGUUACGUGAUAAGACCAGCAGAUUAAGCAUUAUAGGAUCGGCAAUAUUACUGGUAAACAACACAGUGGGUUCACCGGUUCAUGGAGUGUCGAGUUUAAAAAAUGAAAUUAAACAACAUCUUAACAUACUGUUGGAUUCUGUACAUUCAAAUAAGGAUUUGCAAACCGUAAUGCCGAAUGUUUUAUUGCAAAUUAAAACGGACUUGAAAACAACAUUGCAAGAAAUUGGUGCUGAACCUUUAUCUCCAGAAAUGGAAACGUUAUUAGAAGGACAAAUAUUAGAUCUUAUUAACCCAGAUCAUAAAAUCAGACACCUUAUAAGCUUGAGAAUUCGGCAAUUUUUGCAAAAAAUAAUACUUUCUCAAUCUGCUGCUCCCCAGCAUGUACCACCAGGGCUUUCAUCGCUUCAAGAAGAAUUAACAGCCAUAGCGGCUCAGUUUUUAAUACUUAUUUCCCAUAACCGAAGCGUAUUCGGAGAAUAUUAUCAAGAAAUUGUUACCAAUGCACUUCAUAAAAAAGAAAUGGAGGAGAAUAAAGAUACAAGCGGAGUUCAUACCAUGGAAUUAUAAAAAAAAAGUUGAAAUCUUUAACUGAUCAUUACGAGGAAAGCAUGUUACGUGUUCAUUAAACAGUACAUUAAUUAAACCAUAAGUGCUGUAUAUACAUACAUAUAUUUUAAAACAACAAUUUUUAUUUGAUUGCAUAAGUUAAAUUUUGUAACGAAACGGAAAAAGUGUAUUAAAAAUACAUAAACAAGAAUGUUAUGUAGGAAAGGUUCUAAUACUGACAUAAAUUAUAUACGAUAGAAUUAAUUACUUGGGUAAAAAGACCUGAAAAAACAUAUAUUUAUAAAAUAUAUAAAUA